AUGUUCACGAGAUUUCUAUUCUUUUGCCUAUCAUUGGCGCUCCUCGCUUUCCCAGUGGCGCUUGCAAAUGAACACGCCAAAUGCUACUGUGUUAUAAAUGACCGAUCUCACAAGUGUCUCACGGAAAAGGCCUGCGAUGUUUACAGAACGUCGCAAAAGAUCUUUGAGAAUGAUAACCCGCAAAAUGUCAACACCACAAUGCUGUGGCACGUCUGCGCAACUAUUGCUCCCAAGGAUGGCGGCCGGACACGGUAUGUUUCUGGAUUCGGCGGCAACGAGUUCAAGGACUCUUGUGUUCAGGCUCAGAACUCCGGUGUGUGUGCCGAUGCCAGUGGUACCAUUGGAUCAAAGUGCGAUUAA